AAUUAACUAGACGUUAUAUACAAUGGCUUUUGCAGCAAUUUUCCUAUUUGUUCUUUUUGUUUCUCCGAUAAUGUGUUAUGGCAAGGAUCACAUUGUUGGAGGCAGCGAUGGGUGGAGUCAAUCUGGAGAUUAUUCCACUUGGGCAUCUGCUCAAACUUUCAGUGUUGGAGACAACCUUGUGUUUAACUAUGGUGGAAGUCAUGGAGUGAACGUAGUAAGUAAAGAUGACUAUGAGAAUUGCAACACUGGAAAUGCUCUCUUAACUUACACUGGUGGACAAAAUAGCAUACCCCUUUCAAGUUCAGGUGACAUGUACUUUGUUUGUCCUACACUUAAUCACUGUGACACUGGAAUGAAAUUGGCUAUUAAAGUUGAAGGAAGUACCUCACCAGCAACUCCCUCUGCCACAAAGUCUAUGCAACCUAAUGCUGCAUCUAUCACAUUUGGCAGUAUGACCACAAUGGUUUUUGAAUUUGCACUUGUCUUUGUAUAUAUGGGCUAGGAGAGAGGCAGUGCUAUAUAUGAAUCUAUUUCAUUUGUGUAUAUAUCCUCUGUUAUUUGUUCAUGAGGGGUAAAACUCCUAUAUUGU